AUGGCUUCUGUGUCCAGUCAGCCACAGUUCCGUUACACUCAGCCACCAUCGAAGGUUCUUCAUUUGAGGAACUUGCCCUGGGAGUGCACAGAGGAAGAACUGAUUGAACUGGGAAAGCCAUUUGGUAAAGUUGUGAACACAAAGUGCAAUGUUGGAGCAAACCGUAAUCAAGCUUUUAUUGAAUUUGCGGAUUUAAAUCAAGCUAUUGCGAUGAUAUCAUAUUAUGCCUCAUCUUCAGAACCUGCUCAAGUAAGGGGGAAAACUGUUUACCUACAGUACUCCAAUAGGCAAGAAAUAGUCAACAACAAAACUGCUGCGGAUGUUGCUGGAAACGUACUGUUGGUAACAAUUGAAGGUGAUGAUGCCCGCCUUGUCAGCAUAGAUGUUUUACACCUGGUAUUUUCAGCUUUUGGGUUUGUGCACAAGAUAACUACUUUUGAGAAGACAGCAGGAUUCCAGGCAUUGGUGCAAUUUUCAGAUGCAGAAACUGCCACUUCUGCAAAAACUGCACUGGAUUCAAGAAGCAUCCCCAGGUAUCUUCUACCUGACCAUGUGGGACCGUGUACUCUCAGGAUAACAUAUUCUGGACACACAGAUUUGAGUGUGAAAUUUCAGAGCCACCGAAGCAGGGACUACACUAAUCCUUACCUGCCUGUUGCUCCAUCAGCCAUAGAUGGAAGUGGUCAGAUUAGCAUGGGCUUGGAUGGGAAAAAGCUAGAACCUGAGAGUAAUGUGCUUCUUGCAUCUAUCGAAAACAUGCAGUAUGCCGUCACCUUGGACGUUUUACACAUGGUCUUUUCUGCUUUUGGGCCCAUUCAAAAGAUUGCCAUGUUUGAUAAGAACGGAGGGGUUCAGGCUUUGAUCCAGUAUCCAGAUGUUCAGACAGCUGUAGUUGCCAAGGAAGCCUUGGAAGGGCAUUGCAUUUACGAUGGAGGGUUUUGCAAGCUUCACAUCUCAUAUUCACGCCAUACUGAUCUCAGCAUAAAGAUCAACAAUGAUCGGAGCAGAGACUAUACAAUCCCUAACAUUCCAAUUGUGAACCCACAACCCUCAAUUCUAGGGCAACAGCCUGUUCAGAUGAUAGCUCCCGCAGUGCCUCAGUAUAAUGGAGCUCAAUUUGCUCCAACCGAUCAGGCUGUGAUGCCUCAACCUUCUGCAGGGUGGGGACCGACGGUUCCAGCAGUUCCUCAGUCUGUGCCCCUUCAGAUGCAUAAUCAACCUUACAUGCCACCUGGAACUUUACCUCUACCUUCUCAAAUGGGCCCUGGCAUGGUGCAGAGUGGUGCACCGCCUGCAACUUUGCCUCCCUAUCACCGUGGUCAUGUGCAAUAA